UAAGCAAUGCCUAUUCUUUGAAAUUCACAUACUAAGACAGUCUCCAAUAAACAACUAUCUUAGUGUGUGUUAUUCUGCUUCUGGUUUUUCAAUUCAAUGGAAAGUUCAGUUGUUGUUCCAUGGUUGAUCUUAGGGGUUUUGAUGGCAAUUUCAAGCACUCAAGUUGAAGCAGCUGCCAGGGCUUUUUUCGUAUUUGGUGAUUCACUGGUUGAUAAUGGCAAUAACAAUUACCUUGCCACCACUGCUCGAGCUGACUCACCUCCUUAUGGCAUUGACACUCCUAGUCGUCAUCCCACAGGCCGUUUCUCCAAUGGCAAAAACAUUCCUGAUUUCAUCAGUGAUGCACUUGGAUCAGAGCCAACAUUACCAUAUUUGAGUCCAGAACUGAAGGGAGAUAAGCUACUUGUUGGUGCCAACUUUGCUUCUGCUGGUAUUGGAAUCCUCGAUGACACUGGAAUCCAAUUUAUGAACAUUAUAAGAAUGUUCAGACAAUUCCAAUACUUCGAAGAAUACCAAAAAAAGUUGGCUGACCUUGUGGGAAAAGAUGAAGCACAGAGGAUUGUAAGCGAAGCACUUGUCCUCAUCACUGUUGGCGGCAAUGAUUUCGUCAACAACUACUUCUUAGUGCCUUUUUCAGCAAGAUCUCGCCAAUUCAACCUUCCAGAUUAUGUUAGAUAUCUCAUCUCCGAGUACAGAAAACUUCUAGUGAGACUAUAUGAUCUAGGAGCCCGAAAGGUUCUUGUGACGGGGACUGGACCGUUAGGGUGUGUUCCGGCGGAACUAGCAAUGAGAAGCCCAAGUGGUCAAUGUGCAACAGAGCUGCAACAAGCGGCCGCAUUAUAUAAUCCGCAACUGGUGGAAAUGGUCAAUGGACUGAAUAGCCAGUUGGGUGCAAAUAUUUUCAUUGCUGCUAACACACAGCAACAAACCAGUGAUUUCAUCAGUAAUCCUGGAGCCUAUGGGUUUACUACAUCAAAGAUAGCUUGUUGCGGUCAAGGACCUUAUAAUGGUUUGGGAUUAUGCACUCAAUUAUCAAAUUUGUGUUCAAACCGAAACGAAUAUGUGUUUUGGGAUGCAUUCCACCCAUCCGAAAGAGCUAAUGGAAUUAUCGUUGACAUGAUCUUAAAUGGUUCAACAAACUACAUGAAUCCCAUGAAUCUCAACGCCUUCUUGGCUUUAGACACCAAAACCAAGACUUAGUUUAACUGCAUUUGUAGCAGGACAACCUAAGCUUUUGUUGUUGUUAUCAUGCAUUUGAUUGUUAAUUUAUCAUGUUGUUGUUGUGGUUGGGUUAA